AUGUUUAGAUACGUCCUUUCAUCAGCGUCCGACUACUUCUAUCUGCCCAUUGACGACGAGCAGGUUGAGGAGGAGCCGCUUCCGCCGCACUCGAAGCACAUUCAAUGGGAUGAGGAUCAGGACUCAUCCCGCUCCAGCUCCCGCUCGUCGAGUUCUUCACACGCGAAACCAUCCAAACAACGGCAGCGCCAGCGACGUGCUGCCAUCGCCGAAAUCCUUGCCCAAAAUGACCUGUACAAGAUUUUAGGCGUGCAGCGCGGCCAAAAUCUGGACAAGAUGGAGCUCAGACGAGCAUACAUCGCGCGCAGCAAAGCCUGUCACCCUGAUAAGUUCCCAGACAACCCCGAGGCAACGCUCGCCUUCCAGAAGGUCUCCGUCGCCUAUGACGUCUUGUCCAGCCCAGCCUCGAAGCGCCUCUAUGACUCGCACCCCGGCGCGCAAGAGUUUUCAAGCAUGGGCUCGAGUUCUAGCAUGCGUGCCGAAGAGACCUUGAGGAGUGUCGUCAUCGGCGUGUUCAAUGACUUUCUGGACGGCGAUAUGGAGCUGGUACACACUCUGCUGCGUGCGAUGAACGAUAUCAAUCCAUCGCUACGACUCGGAGAAGAAGGCAUCGAGUCUGUUCUUCUCACGCUCCAAGCCAUCCGCGAACGAGCCCUGACUUGCCGGGUGUUCACACACACCCUCCUCGGGACGCUCUCCCAUCUUCUCGAAACCCACGCAUCCCUGUCCCGGCUAUCAUAUCUAUCCAUCCGCCCCCGUGCGCGCUUGACUCUGCGUCUCGUCCGCAUCAUUCUCGGUCUCCCCCUUGCUCUUGAAGACGCCGUGGACCGACAUCGCCGCGCUCGCUCUCGUAGUCGUGCAAGAAGGCGCCGGUGGCACGAACACGAAGAUAACGGGCCCAGCGGAAUAAGGGGCGCGAACGAGGAAGAGCAGCGAGACUACAAGAGUGCUCAGAUGCUUCCUCGACGCAUGCUGGUGCUCAUCGAAGGACUCGUCGUGGUCCUGGAGCGGAUGGAGACGGCACUGCAAUAA